AUGCGCCCACGGGCUUUCCGCCCAGUUGUUUGGCAUAGCCUUCGGCUCUCCAGCACGGCACAAACCAGCAUUAAACAGCCGCUCCCCGAGGGACCAGCGCAGCAACAGCGCUUCCGCGAAUUCGACCUCGAGGGCAAAGUCUUUGCCGUCACCGGGGGCGGCCGAGGGUUAGGGCUGAACAUGGCGGAAGCACUCGUCGAGGCCGGGGGUGAAGUCCACUGCCUAGACCUCCUCCCGACACCGCAUGCAGACUUCCACGCCGCCCAAGCGCGGGCAAGCCCCGACUUCGGCGGCGGGCUGCACUACACCUCGCUGGACGUGCGGGACCGGCCCGCCACGGAGACGGCGCUGGCGACCAUCGCGGCGCGGCGGAAGCGGCUGGACGGGGUGAUUGCCGCGGCGGGGAUCAACCACGUCGCCGACGCGCUCGAUUACACUGACCAUGACAUCGCCCGGAUCAUCGACACCAACUACAAGGGGGUCUUUUACACCGCCACGGCGGCGGGGCGACAGAUGCGGGCCCAUCGUACCCGCGGAUCGAUUCUGUUGGUGGCCAGUAUGAGCGGGUUGAUUGCUAACAAGGGGAUGAACUCGUCCAUCUAUAACUCCUCCAAGGCGGCGGUUGUCCAGCUUGGGCGCAGUUUGGCAAUGGAGUGGGCGAAGGUGGAUGCUGAUGGGAGUGGUGGGGUCAGGGUGAAUACCCUCUGUCCGGGGCAUGUGGUCACUCCCAUGGCGCAGAUGGUGAUCGAUCAGGACCCGGCUACGAAGGAGGUCUGGGAGGCGGAGAAUAUGAUGGGGAGGCUGGGCCAGCCGGAGGAGUUUCGCGGGUUGGCGUUGCUGAUGAUGAGCGAGGGCAGUAGUUUUAUGACUGGCGCGACGCUAGUUUGUGACGGGGGGCAUACCGCCUGGUAG